AUGUCUGGGCAAGUGGAGGAGUGUACACAUUUUCACGAUAUAAAGAUCACUGAUCUCAUCAUGACUCCGCCUAGAAAGCUACGGCAGUUAGCAUCACCUCCAAAGAUUAACCAGACACGUCCCGUUUACUCGACUAGAAUCGGAUUCGAAGUGGAGCAAGAACAAGGCAUGAACCAUAUUUUAUUAGCAAACAAGAUGCUACAUUUCAUCGGAUCUAGACUACUUGCUGUUGUUCUACUCCAAUCGCCACUGUAUACAGAAAAGCUAACAUGGGCAUAUCAUGUGCUCAAAGUGUACGAGGAAAAGGGCGAGUAUGAACACCAAAUGUUGCAAGCAACUUUGAGGGCAAUUGUGAAAGGUAGCAUCAGAAAUGGUGGAGGCGCCGGACUGAUGCCGAAGGACAGUACAGAUUGA